UAUUCGGAGAGAAAGACGAACGAGCGCGAGAGAGGCGAAGAGACACCACGGACAAAUCGGUAAAGGGAUUGCGGGUCUUCAACCCACGACAAACACGCAGAGCUGAAGCUUAUUUCGAGGAGAGAGCGGGAGCUGUGAUCGAAAAAAGGAAGGGGAGGGGACGGCUAACUUUGACAGACCUGGACUGGCCUCCAGCGGCUGACACGAGCCCGGGUUUCAUUUUGAGUGACAUCAACAAAACACUGAUCUGAAGGAGCCCCUGCAUUUUUAGAGCACCAGAUCGCCACCCCUUUGCCGCCCCCCCCUCGCGCUAGUCUACCAGACCCCCUCGACCUGCCACCAUGACGUCGGAGCUGGAGAGCAGCUUGACCUCCAUGGACUGGCUCCCACAGCUGACCAUGCGGGCAGCUAUUCAGAAGGCAGACGCCCAGGGUGUUCAUGGGCCGGGCAUGGCUAAGAAGAGCGCCUUCCUGGACCCCAACACCACACUGGACCAGGAAGAGGUGCAGCAGCACAAGGAUGGCAAACCACCGUACAGCUACGCCAGCCUCAUCACGUUUGCCAUCAAUAGCUCGCCAAAGAAGAAAAUGACACUGAGCGAGAUCUACCAGUGGAUCUGUGACAAUUUUCCCUAUUACAGGGAAGCUGGCAGCGGAUGGAAGAACUCAAUACGGCACAAUCUCUCGUUGAACAAGUGUUUUCUCAAAGUGCCUCGCUCCAAAGAUGACCCAGGAAAGGGUUCGUACUGGGCAAUCGACACAAAUCCAAAGGAGGACACGCUGCCCACACGGCCCAAGAAGAGGCCACGGUCUGGAGAGCGGGCAUCUACACCGUACAGCCUGGAGUCGGAUAACUUGGGAAUGGACUGCAUUAUCUCUGGAAGUGCCUCUCCAACGCUGGCAAUCAACACUGUGACUAACAAGGUGGCAUUGUAUAACCCUGACCAGGAUGGGAGUGACAGCCCUCGAAGCAGCCUUAACAAUAGCCUGUCCGACCAGAGUUUGGCCUCUGUUAAUCUCAACAGUGUGGGCAGUGUGCACAGCUACACACCGGUGACAAGUCAUCCAGAGCCAGUGUCCCAAUCCAUGAGCUUGCAGCAGACUCCUCAGGCCCAGUACAACAUACCGGACCGCGACAAGCAGCUGCUGUUCUCCGACUUCGAAGAUCUCAGUGCCUCUUUCCGCAGCCUUUACAAGACUGUGUUUGAGCAGUCCUACAACCAACAGGGUCUGAUGGGUAUGCCGUCGGAGUCCUCCCAGCAGACCCACACCUCCUGCUCUUACCAACACUCCCCCAGCAGCACCAUCAGCACCCACCCUCACAACAACCAGAACAGCAUCAAUAACUCCCACAACAACAUCCCCAACAACGGUAGCCAGGUGCCUCUCUCCCAUCCCCCUCACUCCGCCCACAACUCGGCCCACGGACAGCACCUCUCCCAGCAUGGCCCUCACAGCCAGCACCAGCACACAGCGCACAGCCAGCACCCACCGCACACCCAGCACAGCCAACAUCCCCAGCAUGGGCAGCAUCCCUCCCAGCACCAGGCCCACGGCCAGCACACAGCACAGCAACAGCAGCAACACCAGAAUCUCUCUCACCAGCCCCAUCCUGCCCAGCAACAGAUGCAGUGCAACACCGGUCUUCCCAGUGACUGGUAUCCCAACCUGGACGCACUGAAAGAAAGUUGCCGCAUUGCCAGCAGCUACAACUGGGCUGAUGUGGAUCUGUCACCUUUCCAAGGUUUGAAAGAGAGCAUGAGGCAAGCGGAGCUGAAUAACUGGUCUCUGGAGCCCACUCAGAUGGCAGACCUGUGCUCCUCCAUCAAUCAGUUCUUUGCUCGUACUGGAAUCCAGCCACAGGGAGCAGUGCAGCCUCCAGUGUGCCACGGCUCCAUGCAUCCAAACAAGCCCAGCUCACAUAUUAACACAGUUUGUUUUUCAGGAAAUAUGUACAUGGACUCAAGACAGAGUUUGAGUUCUAUGAUGGGUCCUCCAGGAUACCCCCAUAUGCCCCCAAUGAGCAGCGCUGGUCCCACUAUGACAGGCCAUCACACUCAGAUGAACCAGCAGCACAUGAUGCCUACUGGAAACUUCCAGAUGCGCCGCAUGCCCGCUGAUGACAUCCAGGAUGACUUUGACUGGGACUCCAUUGUCUAACCCAGUCCCUGAGCACAAAGAGUGGUGCAGACAAACGAGAGAAGAGCGUUUGGAGGCGGAGUGUUUGAGUUACAGAGCAAGAGGGCUGGACCUGUGGUGUCUGCAUGCCCGUGACAGAUGGCAGAUUGGAACGGGACACUUGAAAAAUAGUGCAGGUGUUGUGCAUUAUGACCUGAAAGAGACUCCUGUGUUCCUGGUGUUUUUAUGAAAUAAAAAAAAAAAAAAAAAUUACUUUGAAGACAAUCACAUUUACUAGGACAUGUUUAAGUGAUCGCUUUUAUACUUGCCUAAGGGGCAAGUGGUUCAUGUUUAUGUCAAAAUGUCUCCCGACCCACAGCUUCUCUGCAAGCCCGCUCAAUUGCCAAGCUCUCCCCUGCUCUUCAGCUGUUGUUCUGUGAUUUUCUAGUGAUCUGUCUGGCUUGUUCUCCCCUGUCAUGGUGACUAACUCAGGCCUUGACUGCCUAUCAGAUGAGAUUGGCUUUCUCAUUUGUGUUGUGAAAUUUCCUUUGAGAUGCAAGGCAUUUUUCUGAAGAAAGGGGCGACGUUGCAGGUAACAUAAUGCAGUUUGACACUCUAAGCAUCUGAUAUUGCAUUUCAGAUGGUUGUUUAGGUGGGCCGUUCAGGCACAAGUAGCCGUCGAGAGUGAUUUUUGCUCCUCUGACCUUACACACUGUAAUAUGUAGAAAAGUUGCCAUGCAUCUAAAUCAGAUUCUAGCAGAUACUAAAUCAGAGUAUCAUUGCUCAUAACAAGACAUGUAAACCACAUUACCUGCAGUAUUUGUACUUGUGUAUCUUUGCUGUCUGAAGUGUAACAUGUUUUUGUCACUAAUAGUUUUAGCUAAGCUUGAACGUGUGUGUCAGGAAGUGAUAUUGAUCCAAACCUCACUAUUAUGAAUUUCUUGUUGAUCACUAUACUUUUGCAUGCGUAAUCCUCAUUCUUUGUCUUUGACCGUCUCCUUUCAAAAUGUUUCUUCUUUUCAAUUUGAGUCCUAUGGUCUCCAGAUUGGACUGCAGUACUUUGUUUAGGUUCAUUUAACGCCCUCAGGAUGUGCCACUUAAAUUUUCAUGCGAUGUGUAGGAGUGAUAGCUUUUCUGAUAGGAGAUUUGUGGGAUACGAGAAUGCCUUGUUCAUGUUGCAAAACCGGCUUGCUGUGUGCUUUUUUAGAGCAGUAUUGAGGAGAGACGAAUGUCACAUCAAGGCACAUUUGCUUAAUGGUCCGCAAUAAAAGAGCACUCUUUAUUUUAACCCCAGGACCAAGCAACAUGAAAUGGCUUGCUCUUUGCUGCACUGACAAGGACUUUUGCAGAGAGCAUACCUUCACUUUAGCAGUUGCUUUUUGGACAGCAAAUGUUGAGUGGAGUGUAAUGUUGAUGGCUAAAACGUUCAGAUACACUAAUAGUCAAGUUCUCAUUGCUUAGAGCAGAAGGUGACUAGAUGAGACUAUCAAGUGUAGUGCUCUUAAACAAGACACCCGACACAUUGCUCGAGGUUACUGUGUCUGUAACUUACUACCAUCAAUAGUUUGAAAACUUUGAUUGCUCAAUGAUAGCAAACUUAACCAACCGUACUUUCAUUUUAUUGUAUCGGCUGUUUAGAGAGGAUAAUGGGAGGUGUCUGUGCAAUAUUGUUUGUUUAGGGCUGUCAGUGAUCACACUCAUGUCUAUUAAAGAGCAAAACCUAAUGCACAAGAGUGUAAGGUCUAGAACUAGAAUAGAGGAUCCCAUAUUUGACAUAGAUGAAGGUAUUUACCUUCUGCAGGGUAGUUAUCGGUGAGAAGAAGCACUCUGAUUAGGCCAAAUAGUAGUGUGCUGGGAAAUUGUAGAGACGGUUCAAUAAAGUCAACGAAAAGCCAUAGAGUGCAGAAGAAAAGAGAGUGCAUCUGAUUUCUCAUAGCUUGACAGUUUAUGCUUCCAAAUGCCUGCGUUAUAUACAUUACUCUCUUCCAACCCUGUGCUGGGUCUCUUGGUUUUCAUUACUUUUUAAACAUUUUUUGCUUUUUGUUUAGUUAUUGAUGAGGAUGUAAGAUUUGACCUGGCUAAGUAAAAUAAUCUAAUGACAAUCGUUUUGUGUUUGUGUGUUUGUAUGUGUGUGUAUUUCAGUAUUAUAACAUUUCAAACUUAGUAUUUAUACCAGUCAUUACCAUGUAUUGGCAUAGGACCCCUAACCUUAACGCUUAUAGUACUCGUACGACAUGGAUGAAUCUCAAGAAAACACGUCCAGGUCACAUUUCAAUGCUAAAGCAAAAUAAAAAAUGUAUAUAUACAGUAUAAAAUAAGUUCUAUUAUGCGUGAAGAAAAUGAACCAUCUUUUUAGGACAAUUACGAUUUUUUUUCCAUUAUGAUUUUCUUGACAAUGAAGCAAACUUUCUCUUCAAAUUCUCGUUGCUUCCUUAACUCUUGAAAUUUUUGCAAUUCCCAUUAUUCUCAAUUAAUUAUUUAGAUUAAUUAUACAAAUGAUUAUUAGAUUUGCUUUGCUUUAAUACAGUACUUUUUACAGUAUUACAGUAAAAAAAAAUACUGUAAUUUUUAUUUAUAUCUGCAUACAUUUAAAGUCAGUACAAAUGUACAAAUACAUCCAAUUAAAAUAAUAUACAUCACAGUGCAAAACAUCUUAAUGGUCAGAAAAUAGGCUUCAUGUUAUUUAAGCUAAGUAUAACUUUUGAUUUUGGGGUGAAAUAUGCGUCAAGUUGGCUUGUUGCUUCCGAAUGUUCCAGUACCCUUACAUCGGCCCCAUUAUGCAGUUACUGACAAGCGCCAUCUCUUAUCAGACAUUUUUGAAUUGGUUCAAGUGUGCUUAUCUUCGGGGGCCUGGGUAGCUCAGUGGUAAAAUACUCUGGCUACCACCCCUGGAGCUCGCUAGUUCGAAUCCCAGGGCGUGCUGAGUGACUCCAGUCAGGUCUCCUAAGCAACCAAAUUGGCCCGGUUGCUAGGGAGUGUAGAGUCACAUGGGGUAAACUUCUCGUGGUCGCUAUAAUGUGGUUCGUUCUCGGUGGGGCGCGUGGUGAAUUGAGCAUGGUUGCCACGGUGGAUGGCGUGAAGCCUCCACACGCGCUAUGUCUCCGUGGCAACACGCUCAACAAGCCACGUGAUAAGAUGCUCGGAUUGACAGUCUCAGACGCGGAGGCAACUGGGAUUCGUCCUCCGCCACCCAGAUUGAGGCGAAUCACUACGUGACCACAAAGACUUAAAAAGCACAUUGGGAAUUGGGCAUUCCAAAUUGGGAGAAAAGGGGAAAAAAAAACAACAACAAAAAACAGUGUGCUUAUCUUCCCAUGUGGGUCGAACGAUAGCACAUUAAGUCAGCAGCAUGGAAGAUCUGGAUUCUCGUCCCGCAUUGAAACAAGGAAGUAAUUUCAUUCACAUAGUCAGUGACGAAGUUUUCCCCCUAAGAUUCUUUUUUUACUCCACUAAUGGUUAUGUUUAGAGUUAAUACAGUAUGCUUUACUCCUCACUCUAUUACUUCAUUUACAGCUAAAACAACUUGCUUUACAACUCGCUUUUGGCACCCCUCUGUGGGCAUUUCACCCAGAAACUAGAGCUCACUCAUGUCCUUUAAGUUCAAAAACACUUUCUGCUUCAGCCACUGGGGGCAGUGUUUCGAUUUUUGGGAAGCAGAGACUAGGGCUUAAUGAUUAAUCAAAAUAAAAUCAAAACUGCAUAUGACGCAGUGUGAUUAUCAACCGCAAAGGCUGCAGUUUAAUUAAAUGAAUAGUAUUACAUAAAUAUUACAUAAAAAUUUUCUGUUUUAUAAUAGUAAUAAUAAUAGUCAUUAUUGUUGAUAUAACACAAAAAUAUAUUUCCAAAAUAAUUUCUCAACUUAAUAAUAACUUCCAAAAAAAUAAUGAUGAAAAGUGGGCUGAGACCCCAUCACAAUGUCAACAAAAACAGGUAUACAGUGAGCAGAUACAAAGAUUUUUCAAAAUAAUCUAACUUAAAAAAAAAUGUAGUCCAGCCUGAGCACAGACCGAGUUCAGCUCGAGAAAAGUCUACCCACUGUUUCCGAAUUCACUCUGACAUUAGUCUGAAACGUGCCCUGGACAGGUUUCGUGAGAUUCAUCCUAAUAAGAUUUUGAUGGUUAAGGGAGCCAGUCAGUGACGUUUCUGCCUGAUGCUUCACUGAAUUGUGUCCACUGUCCAGCUUUGUAUAUAGUUAGUUACAUACCCAUGUAGUCCAUCCUUUCAUAACCAAAUGACAGUUGGCGAAACCAUAGUACUGAAGCCUAACAUCACCCUGAAUCCAAACUUUGUUGCAAAUGUGAUGAACAACGAUGCUGAAUUUUUGAGUCUGUUCAAAUUGCUUGGUCCUACAAGUGAAAAAGAUCGCACAACUGUUAUCCACUUCAGCCCCAACCAAUUGUUUAAUGUCUAUUCUCAAGUCUGCUUUGGCUCUCUUCAUCCUUUUUGUCCCUCUCUUCCAUAGUUUUUAUAUGUAAUUUGUUUUUGUUUUAGAGAUUGUCAAAGUCUUCACAAGCCUUGUGAAACUAGCUUCAUUGUUUUUGUUAUACAAAGAGCUUUCCGACUGCAAAUUGGUCAUUUGUGCACUUUGAGAAGAAGCACAAGUGCUCAUGUUGUACGUUAACUAAAGGAUCUCAGCACAUGUACUCACUGUAAAGUGAAAGUUUAGCAUUGAUCCACCCUCAGUGUUAACUUUGAUACCAUACUGUGGUGUACACCCUCUGUCAUGGUUUGUCUAGAUAUUGACCACAGAAGGACUGUCAGUUUUAAGCUGGAAAUAUUUAGUAUGUGUUGCCAGUCUAUUUGUGGUAGUGAUGUGUUUGGAUCUCUUGUUUGCCAAAGAGAGUAAGUUUAAAUAUGUAAGACAGCAGGUAAUUGUCGUCUUUUUCCCUGGUCAAGGGAAAAGUAAGUCUGAUGAGUCGGACUGAAAAGAAAGCUUAAGGGAGUGCAAGAGAAUAUGAGCUGGACAGAUGACAAGUUCUCUCUCUCUCUUUCCUCUUUUUCUCAAAAAAAGAAAAAUGAAACAUUUGCUCCUUUGAUUUUGUGUUUGUGUUGUGUGAAAGUUGUAACUGUUUAAAGACAACUCAGUUUUCGUAAAACAAAAUAAAAUGAAAAAAAAAAUAAAAAUAAAUAGAAACAAGUGGAGAUGCAUCUGCCAGAGAGAUUACAGUAAUAGAGGAAGAUUCGAGAAGCCUUGUUACAUUUACAGGAGAAAACUGCCAACAAGUUCUGGUAUUCGGAGCCUAUUUUAUUCAUUGUUGGUGUGUUGUUGUGCUUAUUGUAAAUAUAUGUCUUUUCAAUUGUCCUUUUUUCCUCUGGGGUGGCGAGGGAUCAAGGCAAGGGCUCGGGGUUCACCUGCGAAAGAAAAGAGGGAGAUGAAUACAGAGUAUUUUGUUAUUGUCCAAUCCAAGGGUGACACAUUAUGUAUAUAUCUAUAUUGUAUAUAUGUGAUGAAAAUGCGUUGGCUUUUUGUGUGACACUACCUUUUACUUGUACUAUGGUUCAACAUUCAGUGUUUCAAUGUUUAUAUUUUAAUCUUUGUUUUCUGUUUGAUUUUGUCAUGAUCAUUACUUGUAUUUGUUGUUUAUUUUCCCCUUUUUGUCCUUUUUUUUUUUUUUUUUUAUUGCACGGUUCAUUACUUUUGCUGUCCAAUAAGAUGACACAGCUUCUCUUUGUAUUGGUUUUAGUGCUGUAAAAUAACUCUGAAGUAUCAAUGCCACCCCUUCCCCGAUAUGCAUGAAUGGCACUUAAAGAAAUAAAAUAUGUUAACUUCAC